UCAAAACAGAAUAUCACAAUUUAGAAGCAGAGGCCUCCAAAACAGCGCAAGAAAUUGUUGUUCUCCAGUCAGAAUUGUCUAAGCAAAAAAAUGAAGUAGUUUCAUUGACAAAGAAGUUAAGGGCUCUUGAGGAAGAAAAUGAACAGAUGCAUUUGUCAUUACAGCAGAAAACCGAGUCUGUGAAUCAGCAAGAGAUGUUUAUAAAGCAGCUGAAAGACCAGUUGGAGCAGGGGAAAAGUCAGAUGGAUACAAUCUCUGAGCUGCAGUCUCAGAUUCAGUUCAUGCAAAAAACCAUGCAGGAUAAGGAGAGGUCCUCACAAGAGAAAGAGACCCAACUUAAACAGUUCAAAGAAAAGGCAGUAACUGCGUCUGAUGCAUUAACAACCCAAAUUAGUGCCAACAUAGAGACUAUCAGCAAUCUACAGGCUGAGAUUAAGAGCUUGUUAGAAAAGAAUAAGGAGCUAAAUAUAAGUAUUGCAGAAAAAGAUAGCCACCUCAAGAAUAAGGUAGAUGACUACUUGAGUUUAAGGGCAAAAUAUUCAGAAUUGGAAGAUAUGGAUUUACAGCUUAGAGAGAAAGUGGAUUCAUUAUCAUUAGAGUCCGUUCAGCUCAAGAAAAUGUUAAAAGAAAAGGAAGAGACUCUUAUAGAAAUUCAGAGCACCUCCCUUGCAAAUAGUGAUAUUUUGAAUAUAAAUUACAAAACCAAAGAUGCUGAAUGUGAAACCUUAAAACAACAGGUCUCCAUGCUACAAGAAGAUGUAUCUAAACUGAAGGAUAACCUGUGUGCCCAGUCUUCCGAAAUAGCAAAACUUCAAGAAACACUUGCAGAAAAGGAGGCUACUGCUUUGGAGCAAAUUAAAGCUCUUCAGAAUCUUCAGAGUAAAGCAGAUGAGGCAGCACUUUUCAAAACUCAGUUCGCGGAGAGUACAGAAUUGGUUUCAGAAUUGCAGAGACAGGUUCAGGAAAACUCCUUAGAAUAUGGAAGACUCAACGAGCAUGCACAAGAGAAGAAAAGUGCCUUAUCAGAUCUGCAACAGAAAUACGCUAUACAUCUAGAGGAGCUCUCUCAGAAAAAUGAAGAAAUCAACAAUCUCAACAAGCUUCUCACGGAUUCUAAGGACUCAAAUAAAACUGCCGAAAACACUGUAGAUGUACUAAGUAGUGAAAUGGCCCUACUUAGGGAGGAGCUUCAGCAUAUACAAGCAUCUCAUGCUGAACUUUCAAAACAGAAGGAAGAAGCUCUCACCACCCACCAGCUGAAAGAAGUUGGAAGUUUGAAGUCUGAAAAUGCUGACCUAGAGAAGGCUUUGCAGGAGGCCCAGGCUUACAGGUGGCAGACAGAGAGAGACAUCAACACGUACCAGGUGGAGCUUGCAGAACUGAAGUCUGAGAGAAACAAAUUGAUGUCAGAGCACCACAGCCUCAAGCAGCCAGUAGUUGCCAUGGCUGAAAAGGAGAACUCAGCCCCACUAGCUAAGAACUCAUCUGGUGAGCAGCUCCCUCUGCUUCUAACACAGCGACGCCAGCUUGAAAGCGACCUCCAGCGUUGUCUCCAAGAGAUCCAUCAGCGAGAUUUACGCUUUCAGCAGGUCAACGCCCAGCUUCUGCAGACUGUGGAAGAGAAGAUGGGCUUGGCUUCCCAGUUAAAGACAAUGUCUCAAACCCUGAGGGACACACAGUUGAACCUGGGUGAUCUGCAGAAUCGCUGUUACUGGCUUGAGAGUCAGAUCCAGACAUUUCCCGGCCAGGGCCAUGCUCAUGGGGCAGUGGCACCAGAGGUUCCUCCUGGAGCACCCCAAGAACGGAGUAUUACCGAGGUGGCAAUGGACACCCCCCAGGCUAGUGAGCUGAGAAGCAGGCUGGUGGAGGUGGAGCAGCAGCUAGUCUCUACACAGCAUGACCUGACCCAGCUUGCAGAGAGUCUGACAGAGGAGCGGGCCAGGAGGCAGGUGGCUGAGGAGGCUCUGGGACUCGCUGAGGAGAGAGUGAAAAGCAUGAAUGCUAGCAUUUCCAGGACAAGUCAAGGAGAAUUUACUAUUCAUCUGGAGUCUGAUGAUGAACGGGAAGCACUUAUCAUUGACCCCAGUGAGAAUGUUGUCACUCGCAAGAUGAAAGGCGGAGUUCUGUCCUGCAAGCGAUGGCUGCGGGGGCGGAGUCUAUACUGCUCCAAGCUGCUGACAUCACGGGCCAAAUCUCGUUACCUUUUUCUUGCAUAUCUGCUGACGCUGCACGUCAUCGUAUUUAUGUGCUUCACUGGUACCCUGUAGAACAGUUAACUCUGCUGGCCAGCAUUUAAUGACCCCAAGGGCUCUUCACAAGGGUCACAGGGGCUUCGCAGCACAGACCUUCACACCCUCAGGGCCCUAUUAAAUGUAUCACAAUUAAUACUGCAGCAAAACAAAUGCUGGAAAUCUACAAAAUGUGUUAAGCAAAGAAUGAUGACACAUUUUGAGUUGAAUGUUAACAUUGCUGCUUAAAUUGUUCAACCAUCUUGAAGAUAACUCCUCCAAGAUUAAAGCUUUGCAAAAAACUAUACAAAACAAAUACAUGUUCAUACUCAACUCUAAAGGUAUUAAAGUACAAUGGCCUCCUAAUCUUGUUUUUAGCUGCUGGUUGAGCUAUGCACUACAGAUCUCUGCUGUUUUAAUUUAUUUAAAAGCAGUCCUAUUAGGAUAAGAGUAUAUUAUAUAAGGGUUAAUGUAUAUCAGGUUUGGCACGUCGUAUUACAACCUUUAUUGUACAUUGAGAUUUGUUUGUUUGGCGAGUCGUAUGUGCAUCAGUGUACUCUGUCAAAAGUUUUUCUCUUGCGUUCCUACUGAUUUGUAUAUAUUGUGUGAAUGAAGAAUCAAAUCUAUGUUAAAAGCUACUGAGUGCAUCCAAGGUAUUUUCUAUAUAACAUCUAUUUUUUAAGAAGAGCUGGUGGUCAGCAGCAUCUUUUGCCUCACUAGACUGUUCCCUCACCAUUGAGUAUCAUUGAUAGGGUAAACGUGCAAUAUAGUGCAGGGUGUUCUUGCCUACUACAGAUUUUUUGUCGAAAUGAGGCAUUUUAAUAAAGCUGUUGAAAACAA